UCACACCGGCCCGCCCUCAGCCCGCCCAGUCAGCGCCUCAGAGCCUGCGCGGUGCCCGCCCGCUGGGGGCCGUUGGCCGCAUCCGGGUCAGGGCGGUGGUUGUUGUGAGAUGGCGACGAUCGCGGAGCUGAAAGCAGUUUUAAAGGACACGCUGGAAAAAAGAGGAGCCCUGGGGCAGAUAAGAGCCAGGAUCAGAGCUGAGGUGUUCAACGCGUUGGAUGACCAAAGCGAACCGCGGCCACCGCUGUCUGAUGAGAACCUGCUGAUCAAUGAGCUGAUCCGGGAAUACCUGGAGUUCAACAAGUACAAAUACGCGGCGUCUGUGCUCACUGCAGAAGCUGGCCAGCCUGAAGUGCCCUUGGAUAGACAGUUUCUGGUCAAGGAGCUGAACAUCGUUGAAGAUGCGAAUGGGAAAUCAGUACCCCUCUUAUAUGGAAUUAUAUCGCAUUUCUUACAUCGUGGUAAUGAAGAAAGUACCCAGAGUACUCAUCCAAAGGUGUCGUUGCUGAGUUAUCCAAGGCAGAACUUUGCCAAACCAUCUACUGAGAGGAAUCAGAAAGAUAGAAUUCCAGAACCAGGAAGGAUGGCUGGCACAAGCAUUGAAGAGCCUCUUGUUCUACAGAGUAUAAAGAGAUGACAUGAUGGUGUCUUUUAUAUGUUCACUUAUCCUGUAAAGCUCUUGGAGAGUAAUUUAUGUAAUUCUUCGUUAUGUAAAUUUCUCCACUGUGUCCAGUGGGAUCAUUUCUGUUUGUUGGAGCUCCCCAUGAGACAGGAAGACUGAGUCAUUAUUCCUGCCAGUGACAAACUGUUAGCAAACAGGCGUUCUUCCUCCAGAAGAUAGAAGGAAAACUGUACAUAAAAUCAGAUUAGUCAAGCCUGCGUCUAGAAUUAGGUCCCAAAAAUAUUUCUUUUAUAUUUUAAAAUAAAAGUUUACUAGAUAUUUAUAA